GUGGUGUAAGGAGUGGUUCUUAUGUGGACUAUCUUAGUGAGGUGUAUGGACUGAUUCUUAUGUGGACUAUCUUAGUGAGGUGUAUGGGCUGGUUCUUAUGUGGACUAUCUUAGUGUGGUGUAUGGACUGAUUCUUAUGUGGAUUAUCGUAGACAGUUUAGUGUAAGGAUUGAUUCCCGUGUUAACUAUCUUACAGUGUUUUGUAUGGAAUUUUUAUGAGUCUAGUAAGUUAAGUGGAAUUUUCUGUUACUUGGCGAUUCAUUGAGGAUUACUAGUUGAGGAUUAUUGGUUAAGGAUUAUUUAUUAAGGAUUAUUAUUGAAUUACAAUGGAUACAUGACCGAGUGGCUGAGAUGUGCUUUCAGAUCAUACAGUUUUUGAAGCUUGGCCAUUGAAACAAAUCAUUUUGACCAAGUUUUCUUCGGCUAAUUAUACAAGUCAUUUUGACCAAGUUUUCUUCUUCUAAAGAAACAAGAGUUUUUGUAGUGGAGAAGUAUUCUUGGCCGAAUCAGACAUAAUUUUUAGAGAGAAACAAGUCUUUUAAAUCGUCUAACUAGACAUAAAAAGACCAAGUCUAAAAUAGAAGACCACAUUUCUGGAGUAACUCGGGGUUUUCUUGACAAACGGUUACCACGUGACCAGCCUGUGGAGCGAUGCAUGACGGGACCUAUGUAGCCACCCAGUCAUGUGACCUCUCUGAUGAGAUAAAAGACCAAGCAAGUCCAACAGUUCUGAUGUGCGUGGGUUCGGAUCCCACCCGUCCCCGAUGAGCUCCGUGCCUGCGCUAUCCCUCUACCACCUGGUCCCCAUGAACGAGAACCAGGCGGCCGGCCAGCAGUGCCGGCACCACGAGCACCGGCAGGGCGACCUGUCCGGCACGGCGGUGCUGGUCGAGUCGGCCUACGUCCUCCACCAGAUCCUCAUAUCCGUCCUCAUCGUCACGUGCUUCGUGUGCACCAAGACGCUGGUCGACUCCUUCAGACGCCGCAACGCCCGGGUGUCCGUCAUCAUCAUCGGCGCCGGCCCCAUCGGCCUGACCUCCAUGCUAGUGGCGGCCCGCUCCGGACGCGUGGCCCGGAUAGUCCUCUACGAAGAGUUGUGCAAACAGGUGCUCUAUAACAAGCCGCACCAAAUCGCGUUUGACGUGAAAAGUGUGCAUUUUCUCAAGCGGAUGGGUGUGGAUUUCGACAACAUCGAGGGGUGUUGGGAGAUGGGGUGUUUCUACACGAGACUCGGAGUGUUUCAGGAGUACAUGCUGACCACCAUUCCUAGGCUGGAUGUACCUGUCGACGUCCGGCUGCCCACCAAGUUUACCAGAGAGUCACUGCGAGACUUGGAGAGGAUCGAGGGCCGGAAGUUGGUCAUCACGUGCGACGGCUCGAGUGGUCAAGCGGCCAGACUGCUGGGGCUCAGCGAUGAGUUCGCCCAGCACACGUGUCGGGCCUACGGGGCCGUGGCGGCGCUGGACAGGCUGGACGAAUGUCAGGUGCCCAUGCCGGAGCGUCUGGUCCACAACUUGCACUUUGACCUGACGGCGUAUGGAGCCGAAACGUCUGAGGUCGAUGGCUACCAGGGGUUCACAUUUAAAGUCUUUGGCACCUCACGGCACCGCUACAUGGCUCUGUCGAUACCAAAGUGUGAAUCCCCUCAAGUCAAGAGCUUGAGAACCGUUUUAGAUAGAUCUAUGAUGCGUAACAUUUUCCUCAAAUGUUUUAACACAUACAAAUCUGAGUCGGAACCUCGGCUCAGUGACCCCAUGGCAGUGAAACACAUGAAGUUCAGUCCCAGACUCUUUGAGGUCAAGCUGUCCCAGAGGGUGGAGACCACGGCCUACUUCCAGGACACCAACAUGUUUGUGGCAGCAGAGGGGGAGGCGGCCAGAUGCUACAACAUUCACACAGGAAUGGAUGUGAAUGUAGGAAUCAAAGGGUUAAUGAGUCUUUCCAAUUUUAUAUCUGUGAUAUGUGUGGCCGAGACUGAGCAUGCUAUAGUCCAAGCACUAAUCCAAAAAAACAAGGACGCUGACAGAGUGUGCAAAGACUUUAUCCGGUGUGGGCUGGCUGAAUAUCACCUACUGCGGGGCGGAAAAUAAUUUAUUUUUUUAUGAUUUAUUAAUUUCAUAAUUGAUUAAUAUAAUGUUUUGUUAACAGUGUGCCAAUGGUUUGAUAAUUAAAUAAAUUUCUCUUACAACUUACAUGAACGUCUGAAUGCUUGCUUGAUAACCUCCCUUAUAUGUGAAAUUUUUACUCUAUCCUUUUCUUCCAAUUCCAUUUAUUCAUUGUGGGUGGCCAUAAUAUAUGUGGUCAUACUAUGUGUGGUCAUACAAUGUAUGGUCAGAUAAUACGUGUGGCCAUACUGUGUGGUCAUACUAUGUAUGGUCAUAGUAUUCCAGUAUACAAUGAUAUUGUAAUCCAUGCUGUACACUUGUAAGUAUAAAGUUCCGUUAAUUUCCCAUUUUUUUUUAGUCUCUAAACUUCUUAGUGCCAGAAUUAUUUGGGAUUUGCCAGUUUGAAUGCUUAUGUUCUGAUAGUUUUAUCAAAAACCUUGAACUCAUGCUUUAUGAUAAAGAAGCAAUAUGCAUUUUUCAAUGAAAUUUUUUUUUUCUCUGAAAAAGAUAAAUAAAUAUUAAUAAAUUAAAGCGAAUUUUUAAUUUAUAACUGAAUCUAAUGGUCCCAUUUUUACUAAGUCUUUGCUUAUCUUAGAUCAAAUUUACUGUUGACAACAAUUUUAAUUUUUCCAUUUGUUCAAAGAAUUUUUUUCUGAAAUUUAAAAAAAAAUAUACUUACAGUUACAAAGUUGAAAAGAAUUUAUCAUUAAUUACAUUUUCAAACAUAAGUUUCUAAGGGUAGGUUUUUAAAAAAUGUAUAUCUAUAAGCCUUAACAUUCUUUAAACCUUUAAAGAUUUUAAAAAUGUCCUUAAACUGUCAGAACAAAAUAGUAAAAACUAGUGUCUUCCUGAAGAAUCCAAUGUAAGUUUUUGUCUUUCAUAGCUGAGUUGAGUUGGAUGUCUGAAACCAUCUAAAGAGCAGUGAAUUGAAGAAACACACUUUUAUUGGUUGGAAGUGGAAGGUGUUUUUCCCCAUUAGAAAUUUGACUUGGUACUAAACAGAACGUUUGAGCUUAGAGUGGCACCCAGAUUUUUUUUACACCUUUAGUUCGAUGCUAAAAAGUUUUCAAUUGAAACAAGCCACAUGAUCAUUCCCAUUCCAAAUUUUCACAAAGUUGUCAUGUAUUGGAUUCUGAUUAUUCCUAUUUUAGUUAAAGAUGGUUGUAAAUGUUUUCAAUUUCAAAAACUGACAUUUCAUUGGCUGCCAUACUUUAUAUUACAUAUUAUUGGAAAUCGUUAAUUAAUUAAUGUUCUUGAGAUCUCGCAAUAUAAUUAAAUCCAGUAUUUGAACGGAAUUUAUGAGACACAAGCAAUAUAUAACUGAUGUAAUUUUAUGAUUAACUAAUGAAUCUCAUUUGAAAUUAAUUUUAUUGUGAUUAAAAUGUUCAAUAAAGCAAUGUCUUUUACUUUUGUUUUCAAUCAACAUUUCGAGUGUAAAAUCAAUGUAUAUUUCUACUUAUAAAAAACCUUGUAUUCUCAAUAAUUCUAGCUACAAGAACACUCAUGUACAAUGUCAGAAAAGUAGAACGCAAAUAUUUGAUGAAUGUUUAAACAUAAUAUUUUGCGCUAUUUAAAUAUUGGAAUGAGAUUUAUAAACUCAUUUUUCUCGAGAUUAUGUUUUCUGGACAUACUGCAUUUGCCCUCUAUACUCUAUACCCUCAAUUCUUUGUUUCAUAUUUUAUUUAGUUGUAAAUUACUCUGUUAUUAAAGAAAUCAUUGAUGAAAUGAUUUAUUCCGAGAAUGGUGCCUAUAAUUAAAAUUGUGUGUAAUGUAACCAGCUAAACUGAAAAAAAAAAAAC